AUGGGCACAUACCUCUCCCUCCUGAUACACAAGCGACCAAGAGAGUGUGUGUCGUCCGAUUCAUCCAUCGCAGACGACUGCAGUGCCUCCGAUGCGGCGCCUUUUUCACCCUCCUCUCUCUCAUGCCUGCUCCUGAGCUUGCGAUAUCGCUGCGCUUCACCAGACCGUAUUGGGUCGGAGGUGUGCCGCUACAUUGCUGAGGAUGGGGCGAUGCGCCGCACGUACGGCUGUCAUGCACACAUCUACGAGACGGACACUGCGGAUGAGAGCCACGGCGUGGCGCUGGCGUGGCGUGUCGACGAAUUUGCUGCGCCUUUGUCAGCGCUUUCCCUUCUUUCGCUGUGCCGCGUGGCUAACAGCUGCCGCAAGAAGACCCUGGUGACCACGCCAAACGGCGAGGCAGUGGUACUGGCCUACACUGCUGUUCUGUAA